AUGGCGCCUGCCGUGUCGGCCUCGUCCUUUGCCUUGCCACUACCUCGCUGGCUGCAGCCGACGAGUCCUCGAGUUGCCCAAUAUGAUCGUCGCAAACGCCAUAGGGAGACCAACCCAUGGAGCGAUGGUGAAGAUGUCGAUGGAGAUACUACAGAUGCCAGCGAUGGCACCUCCAUGAGGGACUCGGCUCCUGCUGGACCGCCCCUCGUUCUCACGCCGAAUGAAUCACACCAAUACCGAAUCGCUGGACUACCUCUUGAUCAAGAAUUACCGCAGGGGCGUUUCCCUCAUGCGCCACCCAAGAAGGAUGAAUACAACAGAGGUAGACUACCGACUCAACUAUCCCACGACCUGGCCACGAUGUCGACUCCCUUAUACCCUCCUCAGUCACCCGCGCAUACCGGUAGCCUUCGACUGCAGCACCUAGCAGCAUUGACCACGAUCCUUCAUCGCUGUUUGCUCCAGGGAGACUUCACUCGAGCUGGAAGGGCAUGGGGGCUUAUUAUGCGAGAGCAAUUUAGAGGGAGGCCGACAGAUGUCCGCUCGGAAACUCGGUGGGGGAUUGGUGCUGAGAUUCUGCUCCGGCGAGAUCAACAACCAGCCCCGUCAAUUGAUCACAUUGCGCCUACGGAUGCAGCUACCGGUGGCCGAAAGCCUCUACCAUUCACUCACAAGGGCUUUGCAGAGGCAAAGGAGUACUAUGAGCGACUGAUACUGAACCACCCUUACUCGAAAACUCACCCGCAUUCGAUCUCAUCCUUGCACUUUUAUCCUGCCAUGUUUGGCUUGUGGGUCUACGUUGCACAAGAAGAAAGUCAAUUUGAAAGGGAUAGAAUCGACGACGAAGAGUCCGAUGAAAUUUCCGAUGAGGACAUGAUAGACGAAUACGGAGAACAUCGCGAGUCAAACAGGAAGCAGGCACUUGUUGCAAAAGUUCGCGGUCAGGAACUCGAACAAGCUCAGCAAAUCGCAACACGAAUCGACUCGCUUCUCGGAUCACCCCCGUACACCGAUUCCCCGGAGAUUCUCGAGCUUCGAGGCAUGGUAUCACUCUGGAUUGGCGAUUUGCUUGCUCUUUCACUGGAGAAGCCCCCUCCCGAAUUCCUGGAUGAAUAUGGCUAUGAUGCAAUGGAUACGGAUGGAACAGAUGAACCAUUCGAGGUUAGACGCGAACAAACACUUGCUAUGGAACAACGCAAAGUCGAAAUACAAAAGUCAGAAGAGUUUCUGGACAAGGCGAGGAAGCGCAGACGGGGUGUCUCAUACAAUAUGGAACAUCUACGUAUUGAAAGUCCAUCAGCUCCAGCAUCUCCCUCGCCCUUUUGA